AUGGCCUCACUCACCCAUUCGGCUGCUUCGGCAAAUGCCACCCAUAUUCCCUCAGCUUUCAGCAUCUACAACAAUGAUUUCCUCAAUAUCAUCGGCUCAGCCCCUAAGCUGGAGGUCAUUCUCGAAAACAAUGACUACCCCUUUGCUCACGAAGCUAGCGUUUACAUCCCGACCUCGGAAUCGCUCUUCGUGUCGAGUAAUCUGUACACUGAUCCGGUCACGAACGAGAAAACAAUCAAGGUCACCAAGGUGAGCGUCAACGCCCACCCCGUGACAUCGGAGAUCAUCAAUUCCACCAUCCCGAUGCCGAACGGCGGAGUGAACAAUGACGGCGUCACGGGCAAUUUCUACGGCCGGCAAUUCAACUCGAUCAACGAUGUUGUCGUGGCCAAAGACGGGUCGUUCUGGUUCACCGACCCCAUCUACGCCUAUAAGCAGGGAAUUCGACCGAAGCCCCAGCUGCCGAACCAGGUGUAUAGGACGUCCGCGUCAUUGCAGAUGGAUUCGGUCGGCCUAAUGGCAUUUCUUUUCUCUCCCGACGAGAAGACCGUAUACAUCUCCGACACUGCCGAGACAAUUGGCGACGGAUCGAAGGAUCUGACGCAACCAGCUACCAUUUAUGCCUUUGAUAUGACGACGAUCCAUGGUCAGCCUUUCUUGACGAACCGUCGUGUCUUUGCCAUGCCCGGAGAUGGCAUUCCUGAUGGAAUCAAGGUUGAUCAGGAUGGCAAUGUGUAUGCUGGCUGCGGCGACGGAGUCAACGUUUGGUCUGCUGGCGGUGUUCUUCUGGGCAAAAUCCUUGUCAAAGAUGGGACAUCUAACUUCUCGUUUGGUCGCAACGGCCAGAUGUUUAUUCUCAAUGAGAACAAGAUUUAUCGCGCCCAGCUGAACCGCAAGGUGCACGGCACUCUCUUCUGA